AUGUGGAUGUGGAAUGUGGACAUGUGGAAUAAUGUAAAGAAAUAUAUUCUAAAUUAUAAGGAAGAAAAAUAUUUAAAGAAUAUAAUUAAAUAAUAGUUGCUUUCCAUCUACACACAAGUGAAACUGCUUUAAAAUUAACCUCGUAUAGUUCGUAACACAAAGCCCGACGCGUAGAUCUUUAGUUGAUAUCACACAAAUAACAACACAAGUUUAUAACCUCACUUUUAAAGUGAGUCUACGAGACUCAAUAAAGCACACGGUCUCGAUCUUGUGCAGUUUGUAGGUAAAAACUCAGUUGAAUCUCACUUCUCAGAAUGCAAAAGGAACGCGCAUUCAACUGAGUUGUAACGUCAUAAGUGAGAAUUAUCUGAGAAUCGGAGUAAAUGGAAAGCAACUUAUAAAUGUCUAUGUAUCGUCUGAUUUCAUGGGGUGCAAAUUCCCAUGGUCAACUAGGACAAGGUUUAUUAUCCGAGCAAUUUAUUCUACCUCAAGAAGUUGAUUUAUCCAAAUGUUCCCUGAGGCCAGAACUCAUCAGGAAAAUUGUCGGUGGUGCUGGACACACACUGAUUUUAGAAGCGGAUGGUCGCGUUUAUUCCUGUGGACUAAAUAAUAAAGGACAAGCUGGAAACAUCAACAUCGAGCAAGAAAAUGUUCUAAUAUUUCAAAGGAUAUGUGCUCUUGAACAUGAAGUAGUGAUUGAUGUCUGCUGCGGAUGGGACAGUUCCGCAGCAUUAACAAGGAAUGGCGAAUUAUAUGUAUGGGGUUCCAAUCGUUAUGGACAAUUAGGUUUGGAUCCUUCAGAUUUUCCUUCAAUACUUUAUCCCCACAAAAUCUCAUUUGGCGAGAAAAUAAAGAAUGUUUCAAUGGGUCUGCGACAUACCGCUGUAGUAACAGUGAAUCAUGAACUUUAUGUUUGUGGAUCAAAUAAUAGAGGACAAUUAGGUUUGAUUAAUUCAGACACCAUGAAGCCUUAUGUUCUUCUUGGUGUAUUUACCAAAGUUGCAGAACGGACAAUGCAAGGAAAUGUGGAAAAUGUUACCUGUGGUCAGUAUCAUACUGUCGUCCUAACAAAGAACCAAACAUAUAAUAUAUAUGUCUUUGGUGAUAACAAGCAUGGACAGCUGGGAUUUUUUCCUAAAACCUCUUCUGAAAUACGAAUAUUGCAACCUUUAUGUAUUCCACUCUCUAACAUACAACACAAUGCACCAAUUCAAAUUCAUACAGGCUGGAGUCACAUAAAUAUCUUGAACAAUGGUACUAUUUAUUCGUGGGGAAGAAAUGAUUAUGGUCAAUUAGGUCGGUCUGUAUUGCAACCACAAAAUGGAAUUUCUACGGAAGAGAAACUUCAAUGUAUUGAACAAAUCCCGAAAAUCGUUCAACUUUCAGUUGGAUCAGAGCAUAAUAUUGCCUUAACCGAUAACGGAAUAGUGCUGUGCUGGGGUUGGAACGAACAUGGAAACUGCGGUAACGGAAAAACGGAGAACGUUUUACGUCCGGAAUUUCUUCCUGUUUCAUCUAAUUCUGUUGCAGUUCUUGUAGGUGCUGGCGCAGGACAUUCAUUCACUCCCGAAGGCAGUAUAGAAAAUACAUAUAUAACUUCACCUGCAAUUUACCACCUGCCAGUAGGUAACUGUCAACGAAGCGUACUAGAAAGGAAACAACAGACGCUUGUUUCAUUCGCUUCGCGAGAUAUUACCACAGCAAAGGAUUCGGAUAACUUGACAGAGAGAAAGAUGCUUCGAUCGCGUUCUCAAAGCAGCUUAUAUGAGCAAGAAGCGAAGUUUGUACAAGAUCGCAUAACGGGCGUGGAAAAACACUUCGCCGAGCUGUGCAUGAUAUUCGCGGCGUUCACCAGAAAAGCUGCCAGAUUGCGUGAUAAAAGCGAUGAGCUGGCUAAAAUAUUACAAAUUUACGCAGAUUCAGAGAUCAUAAAUCGAUCAAUGAGCGCCGGAUUAGCGAAUUUUUCCGCAACAUUAUCAGUUAUCGGUGAUUAUAGAGAUGCGGAAGUACAAAGAUUAGAUGCUAAGGUGAUUGUACCUCUUUCGCAAUACGCAAUGAUUUGUAAACAUGCUCGCGACGAUGUAAAAAACACAUUUGCAGCACGCGAUAGAGAACUUACAAGACGAAGACAUUUGGACAAAGUUCGAGAAAGAAAUCCUAGAAAUCGUCAAAUGAUAUCUCAAGCUGAAUCGGAGCUGACGAAAGCGUCCAUCGAAGUAUCCCGAGUGGUAAAAGGAUUGGAGGAACAAAUCGACUCAUUCGAACGACGAAAGUUGCACGAUUUGAAAUCCAUACUUUUAGAUUUUGUCACUGUCGAAUUGAGCUUUCACACAAAGGCCCUUGAGCUUCUGACCAAAGCAUAUCAAGAUGUUGCGACUAUUGACGAAAUUAAAGAUAUUGAGGACUUUCAAAACGCGAGAGGAGAUAUGAAUGGGGAAUUUCGAGAGACAUUACGAGUUCCCGAUUCUGUUGCAAGAUUAGAUACGGUGGGCAGAACUUCAUUUCGACAGGCUUACUCGUUAACGAACUUAGCCACUCGAUUCGCAUCUUCGCCCUUGACAUCACAGAAAUUAGCUAAUCGAGGAACUGAAUCUACUGAUUCUGUACGAACUGCAUUUACGAACUCUUCUGAGUCGGUUCAAGUUGAAGAAUAUCCGGACAGCACAGAGGAAACAGAAUCAGAAUCAAUUCGAGAGAAGCCUGUGAGAACUAGGCAGAAAUCUAUGUAACUUUAAUCAUCCUUUUAUUAUAUUUUGCAUUUCUAUCUUUUUAGAAAAGAAUGUCAAAACACGCUGGAUACAAAGUAAAGAAACGCUUCAUUCUCAAACCUGUCCCAGCAAUUCC